UCUGCCACGCCUCUUGCAGGGUAGACAAACUUCGUGACUAUACACUUAAACGCAUGUUUGGUUAGGAAGUUCAAAAAGGAACAGAUAACGUCGCUAACUAGCCUACAUAUAGAUAGCAUAUUGCCAGAGUAGCCUAGAUUAAAUCAUGAGUUUUCAUUUCAGCAAAUGUCAUUCCGUCUUGAUCACCGGAGCUGGCAGAGGUCUUGGUCUGGCGAUGGCAAAAGAGUUAGCGAAUAGCAACCAACGACCAAAAACAAUUAUAGCGACUGCUCGCAAUCCAGUUGCUUCAAAGGACCUACAAGACCUUUCUAAGUCAUUCCCUGGGUUUCACAUUGUGACACUCGACGUGGCAAGUCAGCCCAGUAUAGACGCGGCACUACAGGAAGUGAAGUCCAUAGUGGGGGAAGAUGGGCUAAACUGUCUAAUCAAUAACGCAGCCAUCAACAUCUCCACUGAUCUGAACACUGUCACACCUGAGGCCAUGAUGAUGACAUUUGAGAGCAACACUGUUGCUCCUUUGUUUGUCACCAAGGCGUUCCUGCCGCUGCUCCACACAGCUGCUGCCAGGGAGACAGGGCUGGGGAUCCACAGAGCUGCCGUCAUCAACAUGUCAUCCAUCCUGGGCUCCAUCAGCUGUAACUGGGGCUCCGCAGCUGCCUUCAAGAGCUAUGCCUACAGGACCUCCAAGGCUGCUUUGAACAUGGUGACAAGGUGCCUAGCUACUGACCUGGAAUCAGAGGGGAUCCUGUGUGUGGCGCUGCACCCUGGCUGGGUCCGCACGGACAUGGGGGGGCCUCAGGCGGAUCUCUCUGUUGAGGAGAGCAUCCCCUCGCUGCUGGCUGUGGUGGCUAGAUUGACCGAGCAGGAUCAUGGAGGUUUUAAGGACUACUCUGGAGAGACCCUGCCGUGGUGAACCUUCUGAAGGCUGUGAGGAUCAUCACAUCAAACUUUAGUCCUAUAGAUGUUGUUUUUCAUCUGUUGCUCUGAAGCUGGGAUGUCCACCUCUGAUGAACAACAAGCAGUGCACUAUGGCCCGAAAUGUAUGUAUAUGCAUUGUAGUAUUGUAUGUUUUAGUUGUGCAAGCAGGUGGAAUUCAUUACAUCUUUUUUAUUAUAAAAGUGUUUUUUAAGUGAAGAAUAGAGCUGAGUUUGCAAUUCUGUAUAACGAUGAAAAUGUGCUCAGUACUGCAUAUUAGGAAGAAUAAACCACACAAGAUGAUUCCAAUGCCAUUCAAAA